CGACCAUUUCCGCAGAGUAGGCAGCUGACUCCUGUCUUUUGGCCGUCGCUGGAGCCGCUUGAGCGGCACGUGCCUCGUUGUGUAUCCCGAGGCUCAUUCACACCCGCCCGAUCUCAAGCACAGGGUGCGCACGACCAUUCGGCAAGACGUACACGCCAUGAGCCUGCUGCUGGCCCCGUACAACAAUGCCAUGCGCAUUGGACAAGGUUUCAACUCGUUCACCCAGCAGAUCUGCAUCGACUCGGCCGUGGUGACGAGCCCGAAGCGGCCAGAGAACUUUGUGACCAACGACGGCGUGACGAUGCGCACGAUGGCCCUCGAUGCCGGCGGGCCCAGCCUCUGGACGGCGUCGGACGAGGUGCUGGUGGACGAGGCACGGAUCGACGAGGCGCGGCGGGUGCGCGACCAGAUGGCACAAAAGCCGAGCAAGGGCACGGCACAGCGCAUCGUCGACGAGCCGGGCAUGGAGCACUUUGACCCGGAGCAGAGGAUUGCACGGCAGGAGCUCAUCCGCGCACGGGCAAGGAGGCAGCAGAGCGAGAGCGACGACAUCGACACGGUCACCGCGCCGAGCCCACCGCCGUACGCGGUGCACGACGCCGUCACCGACCGGGCGGGCGAGAUGCGCCGCUCGUGGCAGGUGGACCACGUCGGCGGGCCCAGCCAGACAGUCACCUUUACCAGCCGGUUCGUCGACAGCCUGAGCCAGGUGACCAAGGACAUGGGCAUCUCCGCCAGCCUCUCGAUCAAGGCCGGCACCGUGGCGGGCUCGGGCCGGGGCGCGUUCAUCGACUCGGACCGGUUUGCGGACUCGGACCUCAACUACUUUAUCAGCGUCAAGGUGUGCAACAUGUCGAUCAACCACCGCGACGCACUCGAGUUCAACCCGCUGCCGGCGAGUGCGCGCGUGGCCGAGGCCAACUUUGCGGCCGUGUACGGCGACUGUUUUAUAUCCGGCUUCCUCGAGGGCGGCGAGUUCAACGCACUCGUCUCGAUGAAGGUCCUCGACACGGCCCGGCUGACGGACAUCGAGGCGGCGGCCAGCGUCGCGUUCAGCAGCGGCAUGAUCGACGUCAAGGCCGAGGCGUCGUUUGAGAUGGCCAAGUCGAACCUCAAGCUCAACACCGAGACAGCCAUCUCGGCCUCCUGGACCGGCGGGGGCAACAUCAAGCACCCGGGCGAGCGCUGGACGAUUGAGUCGCUCGCGCGUGCCGCCAGCCGGUUCCCGCAGAACGUGGCCCAGUGCCCGCAGCGCACCCACGCCAUCCUGACAAAGUACGACCGGCUGCGGAGCUACAUGGCGCUCAAGCCGGCCGGCCUGUCGAAGCUGGCGUACGAGAACGUGGUCCUGUAUGCCGACGAGCUGGCUGAGGCGUUUGCCGACUACAAGGCGAUGCUCGCCAAGAUCCAGCAGGACAUGCGCGACAUCCAGCAGGGCGCCAAGCGCUUCCGGCGGCGGUUCGACCCUGCUGCUGCUGCUGCUGCUGCUGCUGCUGUAGAUGCCGCCGUCGAUGCUGCUGACGCACCCGCUUUUGAGGCAUCCAUCGACGGGCUGGAGCAGGCCUGCGCCGAGAUCCGGCCGCAGCUGGGCGCCAUCGUCGACCGCAUCGACCUGCUGGCUGCGUUUCCCGACGUGCUCACUAAUCCUGAAAGGGAAGACCCGGGCGAGCACUUCAUGAGCCCUGUCCGCUUCUGGCAGCGAUUGCCGGCCGUCGAGGAUCCGCGGACGGGCAGGCUGUCGACGAUGCCGCUCAAGGGCAAGCGCAUCGGCGCGGGCCCGAGCGAGAAGGACGCCGGCAAGGAUGCAAAGCCACCAGGGGCGCCAUCGUCUUCGUCGUCGUCGUCGUCGUCUGACGUCGGCGUGCUGUGCGAGGAGGAGCCGAGUGGGCUUGCGCUCACGCCGGCCGAGGUGGAUGCGAUGACUCGAGCCAUCGGCGCAGGGGUGGGCAGCACCGCCGACGACGGCAAGGCGCCCGAGGUGCGACUGAGCCGGCCCGCAGGCGCCAAGGACGACGGCCAGCCGUUCUUUGGGCUCGACUACGCGCACCGCCACUUGCAGAUCACGUCCAUCGAGGCGUGCAUCGCGCGGGGAUCGCUGGCAAGCCUCUCGAUUGGCUACGCCAACGGCAUGUGCUGGCACAAGGGGCUCGUCUCGCGCAGCGACAGAGGCCCAACAGCGGCUGGAGGAGGGGGAGGAAAUACCGCAGGCAACGAGCGAGGCGCGGCUGCCACGGAACAGACGGCUGAAUGCACCCGCCACGCGCUCGACGACUUUGGCCAGGGCGAGACGAUCGUCGCAGCCGAGAUCGAGACGGGCCAGCCGGCAGCGAGGGACGGCGAGCGGCAACGGGAGCCGACCGUCACGGCGCUGAGGCUCAAGACGAGCACGGGCAGGCUGAUGGAGGCCCAGGCGCGCAUACAGACCAGGUACGGCCACCGCGCACGGUACCUCGACGGAUGGCUGUACACCUCGUUGGAGACGCACGCUUUUCCCUCGCCACUCGACGACGGCUCCCUCGUGGGCUUCUACGGCCUGGCCAGAUGCGCUGACGAGGAGAAGAAGAUCGAGGUUGAGGUGGAGGCAAAGGGCACAGGGCCAUCACAGCCGAUGCAGGAGGAAGUCGUCCGGCGCAUCGCAGGCAUUCAUCGGCUCGGCAUCGUCUGGGCAACGCAGGGAAGCAGCCAGCACGCACAGUACGGCAUCACCAGGACCGAGCAGCUGACGGCGACGUCGACUGGCCGGCCCGCUGCGCUGGUGAGCCCACUGGUGGAAAAGGGCCUGCUCGACACCGAGCGGGCCCUGCUGGCGACAUCGAAGGCCAGGGAGCGAUACCGGGGCAUCUCGGUGGACCAGCCGCUGCUCUCUGUGCAAUCGCUCCUUGAUACACCCGAGCAGUGCGAGCACUUCAACGACUGCGACCUGGCCGACCUGCUCAGGCCCGAGGCGAGAUGGCCCACCAGCGUGUCCUUUCUGUUCUCGGUCCCAGACACCGACCGACAGGGACACCGGCGGCUGGGCGCGAUCAGGACAUCGUACGGCCGCCUGCAGAGCGUGCACGGUGUCUCGAUGGGCACAACGAACGAGAAUCUGCUGCAAGUUGACCUCGAGCCCGGCGAGAGGAUCGUCGAGCUGGGCGUCCAGCGGCCGCGGGAUGGGGAUUCUCCAAACGGCCUGGCUGUGGUCACCAACAGGGGCCGGACGCUCUCUCUCAACGGCGACAAGACGGCCAACAGCCGCGACGAGCCGCUCAGAAAGGCAGUGUAUCUCAAAGCGCCGUCAGGAAAGCAUCUCAAGGGCUUCUUUAGCCUGGAAGUAGCAGGCAGGCUGGCCAGGGUGCGCCCGAUCUGGGCGUAGAGCAUUGUAGUAAAGAAGAUCAAUUGGCUAUUGCGAUGAUUGUAGCUAUGAACACUGUCAAUGGGGAAUCGC